AUGUAUAUAAUUCCCGAGUUUAACAAUCAACCUAAUGGUAACAUUAAGAUUGAAAGUUAUAAUGGUAGAAUUAAAAGUUUAAAAGAUGCAUUAUUAAUAUUAGAAGGUACAAGGUUAGGCAUCUUACCUAAGGUUAAGAGAAGAUUGAAUGGAUUAGAGAGAGAGUUCAUUGAUAAUGGGAAGAUAUUUGCUUGGAAUGAGACCGAAUGUGGGAUGAAGAGAUGGACUGAUGGUAAGAAUUGGUCAGCUUCUAAAGUUAAUGGUCCAUUCUUGAUCUAUAAAGAGUUAGAUAGUGACAAGUUGACUAUCAAGGCCAAUGGGUUGAUUAAACAGAGUUUCAGUUUGACCACAAAACAAGGAGAGAAGUUCCAUUUGAUAGGUUACUUUAAGGAAGAUGAAGAGGUAGGGAAGAUACCUUCCAAUGAUGGGAUGUUGAAGGGCUUGAAGUUGAAUGAUAAUGUUUAUCAGGAAUAUUUAUUGUACUACGAUCAGUAUUUGAGUGAUCCUCAGGGCCAGGGACAAGGUAUGGGGCAAGGUGUGGGACAAGGAAUUCCGGUAUCUAUGUCUAUGGGACAACCUAUGGGGCAAGCUAUGGGUCAAGUACCUAUGGGACAAGCCAUGGGUCAAGUGCCUAUGAACCAAGUACCCAUCAACCAAGUACCCUUACAAACAAUGACCAUGCCUAUGGGCCAACUCCCCAUGGGUCAACUCCCCAUGAAUAUGCCCAUCAACCAAGUCCAAAAUAUCAUCCCAGGCUACCAAUCACACCUUUCCCUUUCCACCCAAUCCCUCCCAUCAACAUAUUCCAAUCAAUCAUCAUUCUCAUCAUCGUCAUCGUUCUCCGGACCAGCUGUUCAUGCCAAUUCCGUCAAUUCCUCCAUUUCUUCUGCAUCCACAGGUUAUUAUCCUAUCUAUAGGAACCCAGAUUCUCCUCCACAAACCGUUCUGAAUCCUUCCUAUCCUGAUAACUUAUCAACCUUGGCUAACCUUUCCCAAGAUCAUAGAUAUUAUGUUCAAUCUUAUCCAUAUUACACAUAUUCUAGUUCAGCUACUAGUCCUACACAAACCCAUCAACCUAAUCCUCAAGCUGUAGCACAAUCUGUACCACCAACUGUACCACCAACCAUUCCUAAUUCAGUUCUUACUUCAUAUUCGGGUCAAUUUCAAUCUUCAGUUCAUCCCACUGUUUCUGUGGCUAAUCCACAGACAUCACAAUCACAAACACCAACUUCCCAUCACUCCACUUCCCAUCAAUCGACUUCUCCUCAACCAAUCACUAACAAAAUCUACUCCUUGAAUAAUGGUAGUUCGAUGUCAAUCUCACCAGGGAACCGUGAUGAUCACCAAACCUUAAAGAUCUUAGAUAGGGGUUUUUCUAAUCAAUCUUAG